GGCUGCUUCAGCUGAGGAUUUCAGGGGACUUGCUUCUCUCUGAUGGUGUACAGACCAGGCAAAGAUGAGAGGAGCAGAGACCCUCCUCUUCCUUCUCUUCUUGGACUGUUGGCACGGCGCAGAGCCCCACCACCCUUUCCACCUCAUCAAAGGUUCUCUUCAACAAAAGAGCUUGAAAAAUUCUGAGUCUGCACCACGGUCAAGUAAGCAAGAACACGUGGCUAGGCUCUUUGGCCACGCCCCAGAGGAGGAGGGGCGGAAGGGGCCCUUGCUGUUCCACAGGGCGGUCAGCGAUCAGUUCCCAGACGCUCGGAACAGGACGGUGCCGUGCUUGCAGCUCCUGCACUUCCUCCAGAGGAACACCGUCAUCGUCAUCGGCUCGGUGGCGGGCAUCCUCGCGGCCACAGUGCUGCUGCUGCUCAUGCUGACCAUACUCAACAGGAGGAAGCAGGCCCUCUAUCCGCCGGCAAACAUGACGUAUAACAUCUUCAUAAUGAGCGGAAAGACCUGGUGGCAAAAGUCUCAAGAAAAGAACCCCAGGAGCAGCGCGGGGCGGCAGAAGCAGCUGAACAGCGACUCCCGCGCCUAGGC